AUGCCGGCCUUCCUGCUUGUACUGGUGUUCGGCUAUCUCCCGCUGUGGACACAUUGCGACGUAUGCGAAGAGGAUGACUUGAAGGUGGUGUUUCUCCAGACCCAAGUCAGAAUUGCUUCUUCUACUCCCGCACUGAAACCUCUGGGCCACAGCUUCUAUUCAACUGACCCAGCACGUUCGGCCGCCUGGUGGCUGAGAUAUAGCACUUCUCAGCCACUGCCUGCAGCGUCCCAGAGCCUUCUGAACCUAGUCGGCGUGGCAGAAGCAGAGGAGGCUUCUGCGGUUCAGGUCCGGGAUUCAGAGGGCCCAGCUGGGCAACUCUACUUCCUCAAGGUGCCAAGUUGGAGGAGCCCUGAGAAUUUGACCAUGGCGGACUUCGUGAAAGCAGCCGAGAUGUCAUGGUCGACCGUGAUGACUCGACGCCAGCUUUAUAGCCCUUGGACGGACUUCCACGUCGGGCAUAAGAUGAGGACGAUGAAACCUCGUCAAUUUCAGGAGGACGAUGUCCCCUACCAGUACUACAUACCUGAUCCAGAUCUCAGCCGGGGAUGGAGAAUCAUACGGGCCUACGUCCCGAACACCACCUGGACGGUGGAGUGGCUGGCGCAAUUCUACGAUUCGGAGAAAGAGGAGCUCAAUGAGGCCUGGCAAACCCAAGAUCCGGACCACUGCCGGGGCCAGGACGACAGAGAUAAGAGAGACACAUGGUGGAAGAGCACGUUUGGUGUGGCCAACGCCUCCCUGGCCCAAGACUUUGCCAUCAAGGUCCUCGGCGCCGUGCCUGCAGGCCAGCCAUUUCCGUGGCCACCGCGUCCGGACUGCCUAGCCGCACAAUGGGUCACGCUGCCUUACGAUGGCGAGGAGUGGAAGGCAUUGCAGAUGCACUUUGUUGAGAACCCUGUCUACAGCUGCACCUUGCACGACCUUCCCGAGCUCCUUCGACAUCAGCGAGAGUUUGUUCAAAGCCAUCCAGACUGUAUCAACAGCUUCAUGCUCAACAGCCUGGUCUUGGAGACACGAUCACUGGAUCCCUUCAUCCGACGCCUAGCUGAGACCUCUACGCCGCACUUUGUCUUCAAGGUCUCUGAUGUCUUUGCCCUCAUCUUCUCUUUUCCGGGCAAUGAGAUGGUGACCCUUCAGAUACGCAGUCAACAUGUCAGCGUUGUUUCACCAAAACCCGUGAGGUUUUGCACUUAG